CCCAUCACGCGUUCAUCCUCAGCCUCCCCUCACUCUCUUUUCAAGCCAACCAUCUGUUAUUGGUUUGUUUUUAAUGGAGGACCCAUAUUGAGCCCGUAAGACGACCCAUCCUGGGAAAAAUGUGGCAACUCAGAGCAUAUGACAUACGUCCAAUGGCACGUCACGCGAUCUUUCCGCCCAAUUGUUUCGUGAUCGCGUGACGAGUAGGAGGCAAAACAUUAGAUGGGUUUCAGGGGAAUCUCGUGAAAAUCCGGCCAAUUGAUCACGGACAUCACGAGAUUCAUUUAUUAAAAUGUAAUUUAAAGUUUCAAUAAACGUUUGUCACGAGUUGUGUAACCUUUCAUACCAUAUUGCUUGCCUUUCUAUAAAAUAAAGUCAGCUUUGAAUAGCUUUUAUUUCACAGUUAACGGCGGAAUGUAUGAGCUCCUGUUUGCAUUAAUUUAAGACGAUUUCGAACAGCAAUGCAAAGGUACAACUUGAAUACCAUCUGCUUCUUGUCACAUUUACUUUGGAUCUUCAUCGGCUUCGAUUCGACAACUACAGCUGUUGUGGUCAGAGUUUCAAAAAACACCGGGUAUGACAACUCGUCUUGCUUGGUUCGUAACGCAACAACGCCAUGUAAAACGAUAACAUUCGCUCUGGAUACAAUCAAGGAAAGUAAUGACACAGACUUUAUUUUCUCAAUCGAGGAUCAAGUUUAUUACUUGGAGCAACGCGUCAAGAUCAUUCAAACAAGUCCUGACAGAAACAUUAUUUUGAAAUCAAAUCAGUCAAGUGGAUCUACUAUUCAUUGCAUGAAUAUCUUUGCAGGAUUUGACAUAGGAUCAAGUUAUGCCCCAAAUAAAACAAGAAACAUCAACUUUGUAAACCUUGAAUUCAAAAACUGUGGCCCUAGUUCCGAUGGUGCCGUGAUCGUAUGGAACUCUGUGGAAAUCAAAUUCACGAACUGCGUGUUUAAAGAUAACAGACAGGCUGGCAUAUAUGGCUUUGACAGCGGAGUUGUAAUUGACAGCUGUCAUUUCUUGAAUAACACACCCAAUCAUCCAACCAAUCCAACUUCCGGCGGGGGCGCGCGAUUCUUUUUUCGUGACGCCGUCUCUCUAUCUAUAAUAAUCCGAAGUUCCAACUUUACAUUAAAUUCUGUCACAACGAAUAAUUCAAGAGAUUUCGUAGCGUGUUCUUCAAGCCUAACCUCACGUAACUAUACUUACGGCGGUGGUCUUCUGAUAAUGUUUCUACACAAUGCCAGUGGCUGCCGAGUGGUGAUACAAGACACCAUUUUUUCAAACAAUUCGGCAACAUUUGGAGGAGGUGUUUGUUUUGUCGACUCAAACAUGACGUCACGAAACAACUUAUCCGUAACCAAUUCAACAUUUUUAAGGAACAUGGCUGGACAAGAAGGAGGGGGAUUAAGGUUCGCCCGGUGGGACAAUGCUUCAAGUAUCACCGCCAUCUUCAAAAACUGCACAGUCAGCGAAAACCAGUCUAAGAGAGGCGCCGGGAUGGAUGUCUUCUUAAUGAACAACAAUGAAAAACCAACCGACUCUGUGUUACGCUUUGACACUGUUGUGUUUAGCAACAACUUUGGUGAUGCCAGUACGGCUAUUCGCCUCAUGACGGCUCUACCAUACGGCAGAACGAUGGAUGUGACCCCAGAGUUUAUCAAUUGCACCAUAGCAGACCAUAAGAUGUCAAGUUUCGCGCGCACCAGCCCUUUCACAAGUCAACGGGUUAAUGUGAUGUUUAAAGGAAGAAAUGUUUUUACGCGCAACAAUGGAGGUGGUACUGGAGCCGCCACAUUUCAGGAUUGUGUUAUGAACGUUCAAGGACAGUUGGUAUUUACUAACAACUCAGGAACGAAUGGGGGCGCAGUGCUUUUGGAAUCAAGUCAGAUUAUUCUUUACCCUGACAGUGAGCUGAUGUUCUUAGGAAAUAAAGCGAGGGGUCUGGGUGGAGCCAUUUGUGUGUUCGAACACAUAACGAAUGAGGUUAUGCAAUGGUUCAACCCAAACUGUUUUUUGGCAUACAGCGAUCGCUAUGUGCCACCAUCCGGAUGGAAGACCAACAUUUCCUUCAUCGAGAAUAGCAGUAAGGUUAAAGGAGCCGCAAUUUAUGUGACAUCUCUUCAGAGGUGUGUGUGGACAGAGGAGUUUCCUUAUUAUAAUUACAGUAAAGCUCUUCGCUGGUCCAGGAAGUUUGUGUACAGGAACAACUUUUUGUUUACGGAAGCUAACAAUGGAUCAAAGUACGAUAUUGCUACGGACACCAAAAGUUUUCACUUAUACUCUACGAAAGAUAAUUCUACUGUUAAGCUGACGCUCGCUCCUGGCCAAAACUUUCCUUUGAAUCUUCACGCUGUUGAUGAGCUGGGACACUCCAGUAUCACACUUGCUUUCGUAUCAGAAGCCUACAACGUAAACAGCACGUCGAAGCUCCAGCCACAAAAUAUGUUUCAUCUUCUCUGGCCUAACAAUUUCAGUACGAUUCCAUUUUCUUUCAACGUUCCUGAGAAAUUGUACAACGGGAUACACGGCAAGGACAAGCGGAAGAUUCAAGUUAUGGAUAUCUACUCUACACUGGAGAACGAGUUUUUCUUUGAACUAGAGCUACAGACGUGUCGUCCUGGAUUUCAAUACUCCCCGAAAAGCAAAGUCUGCGAAUGCCAUAAACAGGCUGGCAUUUUGAGCUGUAACAAGGAUGGAAUGCUCUACCUGAAGGACGGGUACUGGGCUGGCAUCACAAACGACGGUACCUUGGUUACAAACGUCUGUCCACAGAAGUAUUGCAACUGUACACGUGCACCCGGAAACUCACAAGGGUGUUUAUUUGACCCAGACAACAGAGAUGGACAGUGUUCUAAAAACCGUGAGGGAUGGCUAUGUGGAAAAUGCUCCGGGAAUACCAGUGUUGGGUUGAGGUAUCAUUGUUAAUCUCAAAUGUAUCUGUAAUAACAAAUAACUUUCGCUUAACUGACGGACACCUUGUUAAAUAAAAAAGUGCACUUAAACAAGACCGUUAAACUAAAAGCCGAUUUUAGCAGCAAGAAACUAAGCACUAGCUCCCGAGGGGAACUCCCAUAUGAGAAGGCCGGGGGGUGCUCGUCGUACCGUUUAGGGUUUAAGCCUCAAAAGGUCCA